AUGGACACAUUACAACUGCUCAAAGCUUAUGGACACAUUACAACUGCUCAAAGCUUACGGACACAUUACAACUGCUCAAAGCUCAUGGACACAUUACAACUGCUCAAAGCUUACGGACACAUUACAACUGCUCAAAGCUCAUGGACACAUUACAACUGCUCAAAGCUCAUGGACACAUUGCAAAUGUUGAAAUGUUACGGACACAUUACAACUGCUCAAAGCUUAUGGACACAUUACAACUGCUCAAAGCUCAUGGACACAUUACAACUGCUCAAAGCUUACGGACACAUUACAACUGCUCAAAGCUCAUGGACACAUUACAACUGCUCAAAGCUCAUGGACACAUUGCAAAUGUUGAAAUGUUACGGACACAUUACAACUGCUCAAAGCUUACGGACACAUUACAACUGCUCAAAGCUUACGGACACAUUACAACUGCUCAAAGCUCAUGGAUACAUUACAACUGCUCAAAGCUUACGGACACAUUACAACUGCUCAAAGCUUACGGACACAUUACAACUGCUCAAAGCUCAUGGACACAUUACAACUGCUCAAAGCUUACGGACACAUUACAACUGCUCAAAGCUCAUGGACACAUUACAACUGCUCAAAGCUCAUGGACACAUUGCAAAUGUUGAAAUGUUACGGACACAUUACAACUGCUCAAAGCUUAUGGACACAUUACAACUGCUCAAAGCUCAUGGACACAUUACAACUGCUCAAAGCUUACGGACACAUUACAACUGCUCAAAGCUCAUGGACACAUUACAACUGCUCAAAGCUCAUGGACACAUUGCAAAUGUUGAAAUGUUACGGACACAUUACAACUGCUCAAAGCUCAUGAACACAUUACAACUGCUCAAAGCUUACGGACACAUUACAACUGCUCAAAGCUCAUGGACACAUUACAACUGCUCAAAGCUUACGGACACAUUACAACUGCUCAAAGCUCAUGGACACAUUACAACUGCUCAAAACUUACGGACACAUUACAACUGCUCAAAGCUCAUGGACACAUUACAACUGCUCAAAACUUACGGACACAUUACAACUACUCAAAGCUCAUAG